AUGACACCAAAAAAUUGGACACAGGAGAGCUUCACACUCAACACCGGUGCAAAGAUUCCAGCGAUCGGUCUUGGAACAUGGCAAUCAAAGCCAGGUGAGGUUCGUGAAGCUGUGAAGGCUGCAAUCCAGGCUGGCUACCGUCAUAUCGAUACAGCUCUUGCGUAUGGCAAUGAGAAGGAGGUCGGCGAGGGUAUCAAGGAUUCUGGCAUUCCUCGCGAGCAGAUUUGGAUCACCACCAAGCUUGACAACCCAUGGCACAAGCGCGUGGAAGAGGGCAUAAACAGCUCUCUGGAGUCUCUAGGUGUAGAUUACGUUGAUCUGUACCUGAUGCACUGGCCAUCUUCCACUGAUCCCGAGGACCUCAAGAAACACUUGCCCGACUGGGACUUCCUCGACACCUGGGCUGAGCUCCAGAAGCUCCCCGAAUCUGGUCGUGUCAAGAACAUUGGCGUCUCCAACUUUGCUGUCAAGAAUCUUGAGAAGCUGUUUGCAGAUUCGCGCUUCAAAACCACACCUGCAGUCAACCAGAUCGAGCUUCACCCGAACAACCCUUCCCCUAAGCUCCUUGACUACUGCAAGCAGAAGGGCAUUCACGCCACCGCCUACUCUUGUCUCGGCUCGACCGACUCCCCCUUGUACAAGAACGAGAAGCUCAAGAAGCUUGCUGAAAACAAGGGUAAAUCAGUCCAGCAGGUCCUUCUUAUGUGGGGGCUGCAGAGAGGUAGCUCAGUCAUCCCCAAGUCGGUUACUGCUUCACGAAUUCAGGGCAACUUCCAGCUCGACGGCUGGGAGUUGACAGCCGAAGAGAUGAAGGAAAUUGAUUCGCUACCCGAGCGCUUCAAGGUCUGCGGCGACUCAUGGCUGCCGAUCAAGGUCUUCUUUGGUGAUGACGAGUAGGCAUUCUCCUACUUCUAGCUUGAAUGGGGUAGCACGUAGUAACCCGAAAUUAAAAUUGUAACCUGACAUGAACAA